AUGCCUUUGAUCAGCACCACAGAAGUCAAUGAGGACACUCGCGUCCUGGGAUAUGAUCCCCUCCUUCCCCCUCAGUACCUCCAGAAUGAGAUCCCUGGUAAAAAGGAAUCCCUCGAGGCCGUCCGCUCUGGCCGUAACCAGGCCAUGAAGAUUAUCGAGAAGAAGGAUGACCGUCUGCUGGUUGUUGUCGGCCCCUGCUCGAUCCACGACCCUGCCACGGCCCUCGAAUAUGCCGGCCGUCUGAAGGAGCUCUCCGAGAAGCUUUCCUCCGACCUUUGUGUCAUCAUGCGUGCCUACCUUGAGAAGCCCCGCACCACGGUGGGGUGGAAGGGUCUGAUCAACGACCCCGACAUUGAUGAGUCCUACAACAUCAACAAGGGUCUCCGUGUCUCACGUCAGCUCUACUCUGAUCUUACCAGCAUGGGCAUGCCCAUUGCCAGUGAGAUGCUGGAUACCAUCUCCCCUCAGUACCUGGCCGAUCUGAUCUCUCUCGGUGCCAUUGGCGCCCGCACCACCGAGUCGCAAUUGCACCGUGAGCUCGCCUCCGGUCUCAGUUUCCCCAUUGGCUUCAAGAACGGUACCGACGGCAACCUCACCGUUGCCAUUGAUGCCAUUGGUGCCGCUGCUCACCCCCACCGCUUCCUGGGUGUCACCAAGCAGGGUCUGGCUGCUAUCACCAAGACCGCUGGUAACGAGCAUGGAUUCGUCAUCCUCCGUGGAGGUAACAAGGGCACCAACUAUGACCGCGAGAGCAUCAAGGCCGCCCGCGAGGCCCUGGCGGGCAAGAAGCAGUCUGAGGUCAUCAUGGUCGAUUGCUCUCACGGCAACUCUAACAAGAACCACCGCAACCAGCCUCUGGUCGCCAAGGAAAUCUCUGACCAACUCCGUGAGGGCCAGGAUGCCAUCAUCGGUGUUAUGAUUGAGUCCAACAUCAACGAGGGUAACCAGAAGGUUCCCCCCGAGGGUCCCUCCGGCCUGCGCAAGGGUGUCAGCAUCACUGACGCCUGCAUUGACUGGGAGACCACCGUCCAGGUCCUGGAGGACCUUGCUGAUGGUGUUCGUGCCAGACGCGCCGCCAAAGCCGCUCAGGCCAAGACCACUAAUGGCACCCACUGA